GUAACCACCGUACAGUACAGUACAAAACAGAGGAAUAUCUCUCUUUUGCUAUGCUAGAUCGCGCCCGCACUUGCACCCCAGCUCGUGAGCAGACCAGGCUUGUGAGCAGAGUUUGAACAAACACAAGACUUGUGAGCAGAGCAGGGAGGCUUGCAAUGGCGUCCAUCAAGUUCAUUCCAUGCUCUCUCCUCGCCCUGGUCGUCCUCUUCUCCGCCGCCGACGGGCAGCUCCGCCCGGACUUCUACGCCGCCACCUGCACCAACUUGGCCAGCAUCGUGCGCGGCGCCAUGGUCACGGCCGUCAGCGCCGAGCGGCGGAUGGGCGCGUCCGUGCUGAGGCUCCACUUCCACGACUGCUUCGUGCAGGGGUGCGACGGCUCCGUACUCUUGAAUGACUUGCCGCCCUUCGUCGGCGAGAAGUCGGCCGCCAACAACCUGAACUCGCUCCGUGGUUUCGACGUCAUCGACGGGAUCAAGGCGAGCGUGGAGGCCGCGUGCCCCGGCGUCGUCUCGUGCGCCGACAUCCUCGCGCUCGCCGCAAGGGACGGCACCGUCCUGCUCGGCGGGCCGACGUGGGCGGUGCCGCUCGGCCGGCGGGAUUCCACCAACGCCAGCUUCAACCUGGCGAGCGUGGACCUCCCGGCGCCGUCCGCCAACGUCAGCGACCUCAUUGCGGCGUUCGGUAGGAAGGGCUUCACACCGCGGGAGAUGGCCGCGCUCUCCGGGGCGCACACCGUCGGCUUCGCGCAAUGCCGGAGUUUCCGGGAGCGUCUCUACAAGGAUGGCAGUGUUGACCCCGUGUUCGCCGACAAACUCAAGGCGAACUGCCCCGCCUCGGGGCCCGCCGGCGACAGCUUCUUGGAGCCGUUGGACGUGCUGACGGCGAGCGUGUUCGACAACAAUUACUACCACAACCUCGCCGUCCGGCGUGGUCUGCUACACUCGGACCAGGAAAUGUACAGCGGCACCGGGACGGAAUAUCUGGCUGGAGUGGUGAACCAGUACAGGGGCAGCAGCACUCUAUUCUUCGCGGAAUUCGCAGCUGCCAUGGUAAAGAUGGGCAGCAUCGAUCCUUUGACCGGAGCCGCCGGACAGGUAAGGGCUAAGUGUAGGUUCGUCAAUCACUGAUCAACUGGACUACAAAUCGUUCGUUCCACAUGAACCACUAGUAUCUAUGUAAGCAAUUUGUUGCCAAUGACAACCGGAAGAUGGACGGGCCAUUGUUAAAUCAACUGAUGGUAUUUUGAUGAAAAUAGCGUUAUAUGAUAAUCUAUCAGUGGUUAUCUUGUUUGCACCA